AUGAUAGAUACAUACAGUGCUGCAUCCGAAAAUAACGACGAAAAGAAAAGGACAGGUCAAAUUUUAGACACUAUUGAAGAAGAAGAUACCGAAAAUGAAUGUACUUCUGCGGGUGUCAGUAUUUAUACUACAGAUGCUGCUGAUUGGCCGAUGCCUGUACCAGAUCAUAUCCGACUCGAAAUCGUCAAGCAAGGCAGUGAGAUAUAUCAACACAAAGAAGGACCUUUUGUUGCAGUUGAGAGACCUGGAGGACAUGCUAAAGGAUCACAUCGGAACCUAACGACUUCCUGGUUUUAUUUAACCUUAAAAAACGGAACAAAAUAUCUUCGGAAGUGGAUGAUAUACUCUGCAUCAGGAAAUAAUAUUCACUGCUUUUGUUGCCGAGUAUUUGCAUCCAUAAAUGAUAUGGAUAAACAAUUUGUUUCCGGUUUUCAACAAUGGUGGAAAUUAAAUCCAAAGAUUUUUGAACAUGAAUUUUCCUCGGAACAUUUGUCAAAUUUGGAAAAAUGGAAAACUCUUGCAGGUAGACUCAAGUUGAAUAAAACGAUUGAUCAAGAAAAUCAGAAUAUUAUCAACCAAGAGGCAAAAAAAUGGCGAGAGAUUCUACAUCGUCUCUUAGAUAUUACUCUGUUCUUAGCUCAACAAAAUCUGGCAUUUAGAGGCCAUAGAGAAGAUGUGCUCUCAAAAAACAGAGGCAAUUUUUUAGAGUUGGUAAAAUUGAUGGCCAAAUACGAUCCUGUAUUAAAAGAACACUGGUUGAAACUUCGAGAAUCUGCAGGCGGAGUAAAACGAGUGCCUUCUUAUUUAUCAAAAACUAUCCAAAACGAGUUCAUUGCUCUGUUGGGUGAUCAUGUAAAAAAGAAAAUCGUCGACGACAUUAAGAAAUCCAAAUAUUUUGGAAUAAUCUUCGAUAGUACUCCAGAUAACAGCCACACUGAUCAAAUGAGUGAAAUAAUAAGAUAUGUCCAUAUCGAAGGAGAUGUUGUUGAGGUUCGAGAAUCUUUCCUAGGUUUUUUCUCGUUCUCAGGAAAAACUGCAGCCGAUAUAUCUGAGAGUAUCUUAAAACAACUAGAAAAGGAUGGGUUGAACAUUGAAAAUUGUCGAGCUCAGGGUUACGAUAAUGCGGCCUCAAUGGCAGGGAUACACGGCGGGGUUCAACAAAAAAUCAAAGACAUCAACCCUAAAGCCCUGUUUACUCCAUGUGCAAAUCACUCAUUGAAUCUUUGUGGAGUACAUUCGUUUGGAAGCGUUCCUUCAAGUCUUACCUUUUUUGGCACAUUAGAGAGAUUAUAUUCUUUCUUUUCUGUCUCCACUCAUAGAUGGGAAAUGCUUUCGCAAAAGGUUGGUAAGAGUGUCAAAAGACUAUCCGUUACUCGCUGGAGUGCUCAUCAUGAUGCUGUUAACGCUGUGAAAGGGAAUGUCGAACAACUAGUAAACACUAUCCAAGAAAUGUGUGAUCCCUCGAAAGAGAAUUUGGAUACCAAAUCAGCAGCAAGUGUACUCAUUCCCGCAGUAUGCAGUAUGUGA